AUGGAGAAGUCGACGGACGUUGAGGCCGGCAAGGGCCCAUCAUCAAUUCCUCAUUGGCGUUUGGUCAUAGACCAAGGUCUUAUCACUGAUGAGGUAAUGAACUGGAAUUACCCAGGAUCCGGAACUGACGAGGAUCCUUACGUGGUUAACUGGAUUACCAACGAUCCUCGCAACCCAAUGUUGUUCUCGAAAGUCAAGAAAUGGGGCCUCACCGCGCUGGUAGCCAUUGCUACACUCGCAGUCGCCUUCGUCUCUUCCGCAUACUCGGGUGGUGUCAGACAGAUUCUCACUGAGUUUGGUACUUCCCAAGAAGUUGGUAUUUUGGGCGUUUCUCUCUUCGUCUUGGGUUUCGCCAUAGGUCCUCUACUCUGGGCACCUCUUUCUGAACUGUUCGGCCGUCAAGUACUGUUUGUCACCACCUAUGGUGGUUUGACUGCUUUCAAUGCUGGAGCUGCCGGGUCUAAUUCUAUGGCCACCCUCAUUGUGCUUCGAUUUUUCGCUGGUGCCGUUGGUUCCUCGCCCCUGACCAAUGCCGGUGGCGUGAUAGCGGACAUCUUCCCGGCGGAGGAGAGAGGUCUUGCGAUGACUCUGUUCGCCGCGGCACCUUUUAUGGGACCUGUACUCGGACCUAUCGUUGGAGGCUUCGUCGGUGAGACCAUUGGAUGGAGAUGGGUCGAGGGUGUCAUGGCAAUNCUUCGUGCCGCGAAGAUGUCCAAGAUGACUGGCAAGGUCUACCGCAGUAAGGGUGAUGUCGACCAAGGCCCCACAACCUUCGGCAAAGUUUUCAAGACCGCUCUCUCGCGCCCCUGGAUUCUGCUCUUCCGCGAACCCAUCGUUCUCCUCCUGUCGAUUUACAUGGCCAUUAUCUACGGAACACUCUACAUGUUGUUCUGUCAGUCAAUUAUAAUCAUGAUCAUGUCGUACUCAGCUAACGAAGACAACNNAGCUGCGUUUCCUAUCGUCUAUCAACAGAACCGUGGUUGGAGCCAAGGUAUUGGCGGUCUGGCUUUCCUUGGUGUUGCGGUGGGUAUGAUUAUGGCCGUCGUCUACUCUAUCUGGGACAACAAGCGUUAUGUCAAAGUCUCCAAAGAGAAUAACGGCUUUGCUCCUCCCGAAGCUCGUCUUCCUCCCUGCAUCCUAGGUGGUAUCUGCCUGCCUAUCGGACUUUUCUGGUUCGCAUGGACCAACUCCCCCUCAAUCCACUUCAUGGCUUCGAUCGCUGCUGGUGUACCAUUCGGUUUCGGCAUGGUGUUGGUCUUCCUUGGAAUCAUGAAUUUCCUCAGUAAGCAAUUGUUUGUUCGAUCAGAUGAGCAGCCGACUAACGUUUCUCCCNNAGUUGAUUCAUACACUAUCUUCGCUGCGUCUGUGCUGGCAGCCAACUCCGUCCUGCGUUCGCUCUUUGGUGCCGCCUUUCCNCUUUUCACUACCCAGAUGUACGGCAACCUCGGCAUUCAUUGGGCAUCGACUAUUCCUGCCUUCCUCGCUCUCGUAUGUGUGCCUAUGCCGUUCCUCUUCUACAAGUAUGGACCCAAGAUUCGCGAGAAUUGCAAGUAUGCCAAGCAAUCCAUGGAGUUUAUGCAAAACCUGCAGAAGCAGAUGGCAGGAGGCGAAAGCAAGGAGGAAGAGAAGAACGAAGAACAAGAGGCCUUCGAUUACUCGUACGAGGAUGAGUCGCACGGAGAUGCCGAGACUCCCAAGUUUGAAGAGAUUAAGACCGGAAACGACAGCCAAGGACUUGGUGGUGCCAGACUGUCGCGCACCUCUACCUAUGAACACUCGCCCUACGAUAUCGACCAUGUCAACACACGAGAGUCUUUCACCAAUUCCAGAUCUCGCGCUUCGAGCAUUCGUCGCGGCGCUUGA